UUGGAUCCCUGAAGCGAUCAUGGACUUAUUCUAUCGACUCUAGAGAGAGAAAGAAACAGAGAGAGAGAGAGAGAAACAGAGGAGCUCAUUGACUGCCGAAUUGGGUUGCAGAGCAGAGCAGAGCAGAAGCAGUUUGACUCCGCAUUCUCUGCUCCCCUGAUCCGUCACACAGCCUAACAUUCCCAAGUUUACGGCGUCAGCGUUUCCGGCGAGUCAAAGACUCAAAGUUCCGGCCUUUACUUGUUUUCAGCACGGGGUUUGGCGAUUGGUGUCGUGAUCAUGGGGCGGUGAGGUCUGUUUGGAAGGAAGGAAAAUUUUGCGGGGAUUUUCAUGGGAAAGUGACGGAAAGGAAAGUGGUUGACAGUUGCUUCUGAAGAGAGGAAGAGAAAGCUGCUGGUUUCUGUACUGCCAGAUUGAAAGGGUUGGUUUUAGGGCUGCUAUCUUGUAAUCCACCAUUAAUCAAUCCAUUCCUUCCUUAAUAAUGUAUAGAAAAAGAGGGUCCAUGCUUGAAAGUAUCCGUAGCCGUAGCUUUGAAGCUUUCUCCAGCUUUCCUCAAUCUAUGUAAUCCAUGAAACUUGAGAGAGAACCAGUGUUUGGCCACUUAUCUAUAAGCCACAAGCCUGAUUCUAAUCCUUUUAAUUGCAAUGACAUUACUUUGGACACCGCGGGAUUACAGUCAAUAAAUUGGACCAUGAAGGAAAGUCAGAACAGGGUUUCGUGUGGUUCAGAGGUCAAUGAAGAAGAUGCUGGUCAAGUACCUUGUAUGAGAAAUGGCUUUUCUGUAUCAAAUUUUGACUGCUCAAAGAUUCUGGAUGACUUGGAAAAUAGUAAUGAAGACGCAGCAGUAAAAGGUUUUGGGUCACCAUAUGCUCGUUCUUCUGAAAAUUUUGAAGCAUUAGAGAAGGAAUCGGAUUAUUUUAUGGACAAAAGUGUUACAGAAUGUGAGCUUCCAGAAUUGAUAGUUUGUUACAAAGACAGCAGUUGUAAUACAAUUAAGGACAUAUGUAUUGAUGAGGGAAUGCCUUCCCAAGACAAGAACUGGGUUGAAACUGGCAUGGAUGAGGAGGCAUGCUGCACCUAUUUAUCUCCUGAUGAGGAUCAGAAUAAGCAAAUGCUUGAAGAACAAUUGGACAUCGUUACGACCAUUCCUGACGGCUUUAAAUCUAUUACAAAUAAUGAUUUAGAGAAGGUAUUUUCCAUUCCUCGCAAUUCCAAGGAUCUGAUGGAGAGAGGCGAUGCUAUAAAUUCGGAGAAGAUCGCAAUUGACGUGUCCAAAGAAAUUUCGUCCCCUGCAAAUGUGCUGGCAGUGCAAGAGUUGGGUGAAGGGAACCCCCAGUCUAAGUCUUCUAAUAAGGACAGUAAUGAAGCCAAACAAGAGACUGUUCAGGUUUCAAGUGAAAUAGCAAAGACCGAGAGCCCUACUUUGGUUUCAGAAACUGAAGGGUCUAACCAUGUUGAGAAGGAAGUAUUGGUUUCUGCAGCUGAGGAAUCACAGUGCCUUCUUGGUGAUAGAAAGGCAGAGAACAGAAACAUUAUUUCUGGUUUCGAUGCUUCAGCACAUGUAUCCAUUACCGCAGAUGCGCGUCCUCAAAUUGGUGUCUGCGAUAUGCCUUUACAUGAUGAUGGUCAUGAUGUCAAAAAUGACAAUAUCUCUGAUUCAGAGGUCGUGCCCAGCCAAGUUCAACAGUGUUUAGCACCCAUGGUUACUGGAAGAGAAGAGUGUCCUGAGAAUGGUGUACAUCUCGAUACUAGAAAUACGUCCAAUGUUGAUGAUGACAUUUCUGAUUCAAUGCUUGUUUCAAGCCAUGUUCAACAUUGUUUACCACCUGUGGCUACUGGAAAUGAGGAGUGUCCUGAAAUUGGUGUCUGUCAAAAUCUCGAUAUUUUAGAUACGGCCAAGGUUGAUGAUGACAUUUCUGAUUCAAAGAUUGUUUGGAGCCAAGUUCAACAUUGUUCAGCUUCUCCAACUAUUGCCAGAGAUGAGUGCCCUGAGAAUGGCAUCUGUCAAUGUCCCGAAACUUCAAAUACAUCCAAGGUUGAUGACAUCUCUUAUUCCAAAGUCGUUUCAAGCCAGGUUCAACAUUGGUUAGCUCCUGAAACUUCAUAUCAAUACAUGGGGGAAGAUGUGAAUGCUGAUACACAGAAUGCUCCACUCCAAUUUCAGCGCGGUCUAGGAGAGUCGAGUUUCUCAGCUGCUGGUCAUUUCUCGAAUUUCAUAGCCUCAGGUCCCUAUUCUGGCAAUGUCUCCCUUCGAUCAGAAAGCAGCACCACCAGCACCCGCUCUUUUGCCUUCCCCGUAUUACAGUCCGAGUGGAACAGCAGUCCGGUUAGAAUGGCGAAAGCUGACAGGAGGCAUUUGCGUAAACAUAGGGGUUGGAGGGGUUGUUUUCUUUGCUGUAGAUUCUGAUACUCUCCAAAUGCUGUAAUUAAUUUAAGCCAGAGUAAAUGCUCCAUCAUUUUUCUUAAGCCAGAGUAAAUGCUCAAUCAUAUUUAUAUCACAUCUUUUAUAUUAUCAUCGUCAAUACAUACAACAUGUUUUCUGC